AUGGCUCAUAUUUAUGAUAGUGAUAUGUACAAUAUUGACCCAGCUACGAAGAGGAAAAAAUAAACUAGAGUGAGAAGACAACUAGUAAAUAAGACUUUGCAUGAGGAGAGUGAAGAAAAUUUUAUGAUUGAGGUGCAAUAGAAGGUAACGAAAAAAUAUCAAAAUUAUUUACAUACCAUUCAAAAAAUCGGAGAAUUCGAUUGGACAGAUAUUGAGAAUACUAAUAAUCCGAAGGUUAUUUAUCCAAGUAAGUAAUAUCUAAUUUCAAGUUCAAUUUUUGCAGGCAUCUACUUUACAAUUUAUGAUCGCAGCUACAUAUUUCAAUUGUGAUCACGAUUAUCUUGAACAUAACCUUUAAGAAGUUUAAAAAUUGCUCAAGAAAACUGAAUAAACCAAUGGAACUUCAUGUUAAGAGUAUAAUUAUCGUUUAAUUAAGUGAUUGUAAAAAAUAGAAAAAUAAAAAAGGGUAUGAUGUGAAUGAUGAUAUAUUCAUUUUAGAGAUGAGAUAAUUGAGAAUUUAAGAUUUAGAUUAUAUCAUUCUCAAUUAAGAGUAGCAUUAUAUUAAUAUUUUUAGAUUAGAAUUGGAAAAAAUUUAAAGGGAAAAUGAAAAAGCCAUCCAAAACUUUUUAUCAAUUGAUAUUCCUAACCUUAAACCCCCAAUUAAAACAGAUCAAUCAAAUAACCUUUUAAGGGACAUUUCUGGUUUAACAGAAUUCGAAAAAUAAUAUAUUGAAAAAAUAGAACUUAAAAUUUAGACAGAUGGAUAAAAUGUUAUUACUUAAGAAACAGGUAAGAAGACAUAAGGAGGUGGAAUUCAUUUAUAACCAAUUUUAGAUGAUGCUCUUUGUUAAGUUUGUAAUGAUGGAGAUUAUACAGAUGAUAAUUUAAUAGUAUUCUGUUCUAAAUGCAAUAUAUCAGUUCAUUAAAAAUGUUAUUUAAUAGAAGUAAUACCAAAUGAAGAUUGGAUAUGUGAUGUAUGUUAAACUUUUGGACCAAAUGGAUAAUAUUUACGUUGUGCUUUAUGUCCUAAAUUAGGUGGAGCUAUGAAAGCAACUUCAAUUGAUGCUUCUUGUUUUGAAAAUUUAAAUUAAACAUAUUUUGAAUCUUAAGGUGAAACUAUGAUGAAAAAUGAUUUAGUUUCUAAAUUAUGUAAGUAUAUUAAUAAUAUAUAUAGUUUAGUAAAUAGAUGACGAUUAAGAACUUUAUUAUGAUUUUAGUAAAUUACCUAAUAGAGAUAUUAGAGAUCUUGAAAAUAAUAAAGAUAUUAAAGAACCAUAACCAUAAAAGGUUUGGAUUCAUUUAUCAUGUUUUUAUUGGUCUCCUGAAUGUUUUCUAGAUGAAAAGUAAGAUAUAUUAAGAGGAGUUGAUAAUAUUAAUCAAAAGAGAUUUAUUAUUAAUUGUAGUUUAUGUAAUAUCAAGAAGGCUGGAAUGUGUAUUUAAUGUGCUAGAGGUAAUUGUUAAACAGGAUUUCAUGUUGAAUGUGCCAGAAGAUCAGGAAUAUUUUUAACUUAAACUAUUGUUAAUACAAAACCAGAUUAUUAAAUAUUCUGUUAAAAACAUGUUCCACUUAAAGUUAAACGAAUUUUGGAAUCUAAAUAAAGAUUAUAUGAAAGAGAAAUUAUUGAUUUUUUUAGAGCUUAUGAAAAAUGUAAAUCUGUACAUAAAAAGUCUAAAUAAAGAGUUAAGAAAACAAAAUCAUUAAAAGAAGCUCAAUAAUAGGAACUUUAAGAUCAUUAAGAAAAUGAAUUUGAUUUAAUCGAUUUUGCAACUAAAUUAAAAGAAUUCAUAGAUUAACUUUUAGAUUAAAAAAUGAUUGUAAAUUUGAAACUUGAAUAAGGUAAAUAUGUUUUUGAGUCUAUAUCAGAACCAUAAUUGAAAUAAUAAAAAUAAUAUUAUUUAACUAAAUUACCAGAAGUAUAUUAAAGUAAGGUUGAUUAAAAUGGAUUAAUAAUUACUUAAUUUUAUAAAAGUGCUAUUGCAGCAACUGAUGAAUUAUGGAAAUUCUUUAAAUAUAGAGACUAUGAAAAAGAUAUCAUUUAUAAAAUGUAUGAAAAGUUAAGAAGAAAAGCCAGUAAAUUUAUGCAAGAUUUAAAUCCUUAAAAAAAAUAAGCCAAAUUAAUAGAUAUAAUAAUGUUAAAGAAAUUUAAAAAAAGCAAAAAAGCUGAUUAAAAAAAAGAGAUAAUAAUUGAACAAGUAGGAGAUGAAUAUUAUUAAAGAGAUGAUAAUUUAUAUUGUGUUUGUAGAGGUAAAUUUAAAGAUGGAGAUCCUAUGAUUUGUUGUGAAUCAUGUGAAGAAUGGUUUCAUUUUGAUUGUUUAGAAAUAAUAAUAUCUAAUGAGGAAUUAAGUAAAAUUAAUUUCUACUGUUUUCUAUGUAUAGAUGAUUUACCUAAAGAAAGAUAAAUUGAAAUAUAUAAUGGUUAUACAGAUGUUUUCAAAGAUGCAUCGUUUAAAUUAUAAAGAGAAUUAGCUGAUAAAUGUUCACUAAAUGAAUCUCGAAAACUCAGAAUGAAUCAAUUGAAGUAAGAUGCAUUAAUUGAAGAAAAAAAUAAAUUAAUAUAGGAAAAUCAAGAAUAAGAAUCAAAAUAAGAACAAAUAUAACUUGAAGAAUAAAACAAUAAUUAAAAUUGUACAUCUUUAGAAUUUCCUAAUAAUUAUAUUACUAAAGAACUUUCAAAAGAAAUUAUUUUAACAGAAAAUAAUUAUUUAUAAAUAGAGAUUCAUAAUGAAGGAACAGAAAAAAAUAAAAAAAACGAUGAACAUGUUAAAACUCCAAGUAAAACAGAAUCUGUAGAAGAUCCAGAUAAUAAAUUAGAAGUACCAGAUACUCAAGAAAAACUAAAUAGUACCCUUAAAUUAAAAUCUAUACAUGACUAUAUACCUAAAAAGUGA